ACACAAAAAAUGGAGGAGCUAAAUUCUUACAUUUGCUGUACAUUUGUAUACGUAGUUGUUAUGUUGUUUGGGAGUUGCAAAGGAGUGAUAAAGCUGCCGGAAAAUAUGACGAUUCCGGCAGUUUACGCGUUCGGAGAUUCGAUCGUGGAUCAAGGAAACAAUAACCUCCUCAAGACACUCAUCUACUGCAACUUCCUCCCCUACGGUCAGGAUUUUCCCGGCGGAUUCCCCUCCGGCAGAUUUACCAAUGGCAAGACUCCUCCGGAUUUGAUUGCUAAAGAGUUGGGAAUCAAAGAGCUAAUUCCGGCUUACAGUGACAAAAAUUUGACGGUCAAAGAUCUUCCAACCGGCGUCAGCUUUGCUUCCGGUGGCUGUGGAUACGACCCUCAGACUUCUAAAAUAGUGUCAGUGACGUCUUUGUCGGAACAAUUGGAGCAUUUCAAAGAGUACAUAGGGAAGCUAAAAGGGGCAGUGGGGGAAGAAGGUACAAACAAGAUAUUGAAGGAGGGUUUAUUCUUGUUGGUGGCCGGAAGUGAUGACCUGGCUAAUACUUACUUUACCGUCGGUAUUCGUCGAAUGCAGUACGACAUAUCGUCUUAUGCCGAUCUUCUUGUUGCUUCCGCCUCUGAUUUUAUACAGGCGAUCUACAAGCUCGGGGCAAGAAGAAUUGCAGUGUUUUCCCUCCCACCAAUAGGAUGCUUGCCAUUUCAGAGAACACUGGCUGGAGGCUCAAAGAGAGAUUGUGCAGAUAAUUACAACAAGGCUGCACAAUUGGUUAAUUCCAAACUCUCACUCCAACUUCUCGAUCUCAACAAUGGAACAUUGCCUCAAUCAAGGGUGGUUUACAUUGAUGUUUACAACCCUCUUCUUGAUCUCAUCCUACAUCCUCAAAAUUACGGGUUUGAAGUGAGUGACAAAGGUUGUUGUGGGAGUGGGAAUAUUGAAGUGACAACAUUGUGCAACAAAUACAUUGGGACGUGUGGAAAUGUGUCGAAUUAUAUAUUUUGGGACAGCUAUCACCCUACUGAGAGAGCAUACAAGUUUCUUGUCGAUCGUAUUAUUCAGAAAUAUAUCGAAAGUUUCUUGAUUCUGUUUGGGAAAUUCAAAUUCAAACCAUUACUACUUGUCUUCCUCUCCACUUUCCUCGCUCAACACCAAGAUGGCGCUCAUACACCCAUAAAUCUACCUAAAAACAUCACCAUUCCGGCCAUCAUCAUCUUCGGAGACUCCGUGGUUGACACCGGCAACAACAAUUACCUCAAAACGAUCGUCAAAGUUAACUACCCUCCCUACUGUCAGGAUUUCGUCGGCGGACGCCCCACCGGCAGAUUUUCCGACGGAAAAGUUCCAUCGGACCUCAUCGCUGAAGAGUUAGGAAUCAAGGAGCUUGUGCCAGCUUAUCUUGAUCCAAAUCUGCAACCUCAAGAUCUCCUCACCGGAGUUAACUUUGCUUCCGGAGGGUCGGGUUUCGAUCCACUGACAUCAAACGUCGUGUCAGUACUGUCCUUGUCCGACCAAUUACAAAGGUUCAAAGAAUACAUAGCAAAACUGGAGCAUAUGAUUGGUGAGCAAAAAACAUCAACGUUAUUGAACGAAGCCCUAUUCACAAUUGUCUCCGGCAGCAACGACAUGACCAACACGUACUUCGGCACUGUCCCGCUCCGAAGAUCUCAAUACGACGUGUCUGCCUACACGGACUUGCUAGUCAGCUACGCCUCCGCCUUCGUGCAGGAUGUGUAUAAGCUAGGAGGGCGACGAAUGGGAGUGUUCGGGCUAGCGCCGUUAGGAUGUUUGCCAUCGCAGAGAAGCUUGAAAGGUGGAGUUGAGAGGAAAUGUGUGGAUUUGUAUAACCAAGUUGCAGAAAUGUUCAACCACAAGCUGUCUGUAGAGUUGAGCUCGCUGUCUGCUCGAUAUCCAGACGCCACCCUUAUAUACAUCGAUAUUUAUCAUCUUCCGCUUGAUCUCGUUCGCUACCCCCUCAAAUACGGAUUCCAAGUUUCAGACAAGGGAUGUUGUGGAACAGGGACAAUAGAAGUAGCAUUCCUAUGCAAAUAUACGUGUGAGAAUGCAUCUGAGUACGUGUUUUGGGACAGCUUUCAUCUCACAGAAAAUGCCUACCGCCUUCUUGUACACGACAUCCUCACCACCUCCAUCAGCAAUUUUGUCUCAUGA